GACCAGACGAAAUUCACGAAAUGUAAUAUAUAUUGUACACAACAACAUAGUAAUACGAGUACAUAACUACACAGUGCUUGGGUUGUCCACUUGAGAUUGAGAGUUAGAAUCGUUGAAGAAUAAGUAGUUCAUUUUUUAUGUCGUAGAAAGCGAAAAAAAAAAUCGAGUUGAACAGUCCUCGAGACUCGAGAAUACGAUGGCGUCGGCGCCCAAGUCUGGGCCCCAAGACAUGCCACCGCCUGGGGGCUACAAUCCCAUGACAUGGCAACGCAUCAAGCUCAAAACCUUUUUUACGAGCAAACUUGUCAUAGGAUUGUACGUUGCUGCCACGGCUGUCGGUUUCAAACUUUAUACCAUAAACUACCGUGAAUAUCACAGAGAACAGAUUGAAAUGAGAAGCGCACGGCACGUUAUAAUGCCGUUGCUAUUAGCAGAGCGUGAUCGAGCGUUCUUGAAACAAUGCCGUGUAAACCGCGACGAGGAACGAGAACUGAUGAAGAACGUGCCAGAAUGGGAAGUUGGCACCUACUUCAGGGAACCAGUUUACAUCACUAUGCCAGAUAAGUUCCAUGAGCCAACUUACCACGAGUUCUUUGGACACUCCAGCUUUUUUGAUGCUUCCUACCGUGUCGCCCGUCGUCACCUUUCGUAAAUAUGUAGAAAGCUUCAUCACUGGUAGAUGUUUAAUAAGAAAGAAAAGUUUAAUGUGUUAAUAAAUCUUGUGUUAUAUAAAAAAA